AUGGGCCCAGGGCCGUCGCCCAGUGCCGCCUUCCUCCAGGGCCGGCCCUGCCCAAGCCCUUCUCUCAUCCUCAAGAAUGUCGUCGGAUCUUCCCAUGGUUGGCUCAUAACCGUCGGCAAGGCUAGUGUGCAGCUCCUGAACCCUAUCACCCGCGUGCAUAUCAACCUUCCUAAGUUCCCCACCGUGGACGGCCGGAAUUUGGAGGCCGUCGAGGCAGUGUUGUCCUCAGAUCCCUCCAGAGGUGGAGAUUACUUCGUCGCCUUUGUAUUCGACUGCCCUUCUAUGGAGGAAGACUUUUUGUUCCUUAUUAAUGCAGAAGAUAAGAAGUGGAAGAUGAUAACUAUAGGUGAUUAUGACUAUGACUACGACGACAUAGCCUUUCACAAGGGCAAGCUCUAUGCGGUGACACGGUCUAAAGAACAUGACGAAGUGAUGGUAGCGGCGUAUGAUCUCAUCAUGCUGAAUUCGACUCCGACAUGGGCGAUGGUAGCUCUGCCAGACUUCAUUUGGGUUUUUGAUGUCGUCUCAUACUUUCUUUGCACGUCUUCCAAUGAUCUACUGCUCACACGGAUCAUGAGGAAAAAAUCAGAACAUUAUAUUAACAAAUGGGAAGUUUGUAAAGUGAAAAAAGUAGAAGAUUAUAUUAACAUUUUGGAUGUUUUUAAAGUGGAUACGGAGAAAGGCGUCAUCAUUAAAAUGAAUAAUUUGGGGAAGUAUACUCUUUUUUUGAGCGCAGCUUCUUCUCUCUGCAUAGAUACUUCUUCAUUGCCGGAUUUGAGGUCCAACUACAUUUAUAUCUUGAAUGAUUUGUGUGAGAUUGGCUACCGUGAUAACUUGGUUUACAGCAUGGAGGACAAAACCUCCACCUCCGUGAGUUUGCCUCCGUUAUCAUCUCGAAGGCGACGAUGGUCAGCAUUAUCAUCUCCAAAGCAGCUGCAACGGCCGGUCCUAGUUUGGUUUGCACUCAGUAUUGCAUUGCAUGCUGAUCCAAUGUAA